CCGACGUUACAGACGAAACUCGACAUGUUUAUUUCUCUCCAACAGCUCGAGCGUAGUUUCCCUCUGACGUCUCAUCUGUUGGCAAGUGGUCAGAUAUGUGCUGUAUGUGCUUACGAAUUUCAGAGCUCAGAUUACUCAGCAGUGGAGGAAGAACGAGCACGGCACAAAUAUGAAGGAGAUGAUUGGAGCGUUUCUGGCGUGCAAAGGGCUGCUGGUGGGGAUGUGUGCGUUGCUGCUCCUGAGCUCAGGAGGUUUAGUGUUCCUGCUGGUACGACAGAAAGAGCUGACGGAGGAGCUGGUGAGGUUGGACGCCCAGGUGCAGGUGCUGUCACAGAGCUGCAGGCUGCAGGCAGGAGUCCUCCGGCCCACAGACCCCGCAGAGGCUGGAGAGCUAAAGAAGCUCCAGCGCAGCAGAAGAAACCAGGAGGGAGAACCAACACAAAGCGAGGACGAGAAGGAUAUGAUGAUGCUGAUGACAUACUCCAUGGUUCCUGUCAAAGCCUUCGUGGAUCUGUGUAAUAGCUCCAGAGGACUUUGUUUCACAGGCCCAGCUGGACCACCAGGUUUGCCUGGUAGAGCUGGUUCAUCGGGACCUCAGGGUGCGCCCGGGCCGGAAGGGAGACGAGGAAAAAGAGGACGCCCUGGAGAACCAGGACCUAAAGGAGACCCUGGAACUCCCCGACCGAAAGGAGAGACCUACAAUGAGAUUCUCAUUGAGGGUCCUCCUGGUCCAAGGGGUCCAGCAGGCCCACCUGGUCCACCAUGUCCUGCUUGGUAUUCUAAUGAAGUGAGAAACAAGACCAUCGGAGAACACAGCCGUCAAAACAACAUGUUGAUGGAUUCAUCUCCUUCUGUGACCGAUGCAGAAAACCGCAACUCAACAAUUAACAAGAAUGAAUCACCACAUCCAGUAAAUGAGAGCAGAGAUGUUUUGAAUGUUACCGCCUCUAAAACAACUCUAGACACAAGUACGGACUCUGCCCCACUUACUCCAGACAAAAACAGUACCACCUUCAAUGGCAGCGGAAACAUUAAGGAUACACCAAUGAAAAGUGAGUUCGUAUCACCUCGUCCAGACCACAGACGGGACUUGUGGAUUGGAACCAGUACAGAGAAUGUUACAGAGGCAUCAGUAUUAGCAGUGUUACCAACACCACAUCCAACUCGUGAAGCCACAGAUGUUUUUAACGUUACUGACUCUGAGAAUCUGCGAGAGACAGAUAAGGAAUCUGAGUCAGUAUCAUUUCAUAAAGACUACAGCCAUGACGCCGUGAAUAUCACUGGGAAUGUUACAGACGGACCAAUACAAUUAUUAACAGUUCCUCUCUCUGUGGACCAAAACAGGGAUUCCUUCAAUAACAGUGGAGCCAUUAUUGAUGCACCCAUGACAAGUGACGCUUCAUUUUCACUCCAGAACAACAACAAGCUAAAUUUGACUAGCGAAAAGGGAUGGACAAAACCCAAUCCAGCAACUCCUCGUCCAACUGACAACAGCAGAGAUGUCACUGACUCUGAGAAACUUCUAGACACAAACAUGGAAGCUGAGUCAGUAUCAUUUCAUCAAGAUGACGACCAUGACAUCUUGAACGAUACCAAGAGAGAAAAUGUUACAGAGGCACCAAUAACAUUAUUGACAGCUCCACUUUCCGCGGACCAAAACAGUGAUGCUUUCAACAAUACUACAGAGGCACCAAUUCGAUUAUUAACAGCCUCACUUUCUGAGGAUCUGGAGACGGACGCCUUCAACAUCAGUGGAAAUAUUAUCAAAACACCCAUGAAAAGGGAGUGCAGAAUUAGAAAUAUUAAAUGUCCAGAGAAAGCCACCAAAAUGCAAAGCACAUUUGGAGCCUGGAUGUCCGAUGCAUCUCAGCAGGAUGGAGGUCCAUACUGGCUGGCCGAUCAUUUUUCAGGUCGAGUUUUGGUGGAGCGCAGGAACAUUUUGACAUUUAAUGAUACAAACAACAAAAUCAUAGACGUCGGGACGUGGUUCCAGGGCUGUGGUCAUGUUGUUUAUAAGCGGUCAUUUUACUUUCACAACGCAGGAACAAACAAACUUAUUAAAUUUGACCUGAACACUGGGGGAACAAACACUCUGAUCAUGGCAAACAGCAGAUAUCACAACCUGGCUUAUCUUUUUUGCAACUCAAAGACGUAUUUCAAGUUUUCUCUGGAUGAAAAUGGACUGUGGGUCAUUUUUGCAUCAGGUACAGAUGAUGAUACGAUGGUUGCAAAGAUUAACACUGAUAGAUUCUCUGUGGAGUCAGUCAUUAACACUCGCUACCCUACAACGAAAGCAGGAAAUGCUUUCAUUGUAGGUGGGGUGCUAUAUUUUACAGAUGACAAAGACAGAAAAGUUACAUAUGCCUUUGAUUUAAAGAAAGAGAGUCCUGUGGAUGCAAGUUUUGAUUUAAGGCCAGCCAAUGGCAUCUUGGCUAUGCUGUCAUAUUAUCCCAACAGAAAGCUUCUGUAUAUGUGGGACAACAGCAGCGUGAAAAUAUGCAAAGUUAGACUCAAAUGGAACUAGAAAUAACCACAAAACUUGUAAAAUGAGCAAUACAGUUAUUUGUAAAGGCUCAGUUGGUUUACGUGAAUGUAUUGAAACACUGACCCGAUUUUGACACACGAUGUUUAAGUCACACUGGACUUGUUCACAGUAAAUAUGUUACUCAAACUACUGACUUCUAAUCUUUAUUUGUCUAUUCCAAGAUACCUCAAUUUUGGAUUUAAACAGUCUAUAAAGAAAAUGAUUCCACAUUUUUUAAAUUUAAAUUAUUAUGUACAACUGUGAGGCCAUUUCCAAUGUCACUAUUGAACAUGAAGGCCAUUUAAACUUUCUAGAUAAUUUUUAUUUAUUUAUUUA